CCCCGGACCUCCAGGACCCCCUGCACCCCGGAUCCCCUGAACCCCCAGAUCCCCCGGACCUCUCGGACCUCCAGGCCCCCUGAACCCCGGGACCCCUAGACCCCGGUUCUCCCGAAGCCCCGGACAGCCAGGACCCCCAGACCCCGCCCCAGGCCCCCUCCCCCGCCCCCAGACCCGCCAUGGCCCUGGUGACCCGCGGCUGGGGCGGUCCGGCCGACGACGCCAACGGCCUGGAGCGGGCGCCCGGCUUCGCGCGGCCCGAGGACGCGGGGUCCCCGGCGGGGGCGGCCAGCGACGCGGAGCCCGGGGAGGACGAGCGGCCCGGCGCGCAGGUGGACUGCGGGGUGUGCGGGGACAAGUCGAGCGGGAAGCACUACGGCGUGUUCACCUGCGAGGGCUGCAAAAGCUUCUUCAAACGCAGCAUCCGCCGUAACCUCAGUUACACCUGCCGGUCCAACCGUGACUGUCAGAUCGACCAGCACCACCGCAACCAGUGCCAGUACUGCCGACUCAAGAAGUGCUUCCGCGUGGGCAUGAGGAAGGAGGCCGUGCAGCGCGGCCGCAUCCCGCACGCGCCCCCCGCGCUCCCCCCUCCAGGCAGCCCUCCGGGCGUGUCGGGGGCGGCGGGCGAGGCGCCGGCGGGCGCGGUGCCCGAGCUGGUGGCGCAGCUGCUGCGGGCGGAGCCGUACCCCGCGGCCGGGCGCUUCGGGGGCGCGGGCGGCGCGCUGGGCAUCGACAACGUGUGCGAGCUGGCGGCGCGGCUGCUCUUCAGCUCGGUGGAGUGGGCGCGCCACGCCCCGCUGGUGGCCGCGCUGCCGGCCGGGGACCAGGUGACGCUGCUGCGGGCCGGCUGGGGCGCCCUGUUCGUGCUCAACGCGGCCCAGGCCGCGCUGCCCCUGCGCGCCGCGCCCCUGCUGGCCGCCGCCGGGCUGCACCCCGCGCCGCUGGGCGCCGCGCCCAUGGGAGCCGAGCGCGCCGUGGCCUUCAUGGACCAGGUGCGGGCGCUGCAGGCGCAGGUGGAGCGGCUCGGCCGGCUGCAGGUGGACGCGGCCGAGUACGGCUGCCUCAAGGCCAUCGUGCUGCUGUCGCCAGACGCCUGCGGCCUGUCGGACCCGGCGCAGGUCGAGAGCCUGCAGGAGAAGGUGCAGGUGGCGCUGACCGAGUACGAGCGGGCCCAGUACCCCGCGCAGCCCCAGCGUUUCGGCCGCCUGCUGCUGCGCCUGCCCGGCCUCCGCGCCGUGCCCGCCGCGCUCAUCUCUCAGCUCUUCUUCAUGCGGCUGGUGGGCAAGACGCCCAUCGAGACGCUGCUGCGGGACAUGCUGCUGUCGGGCAGCGCCUUCAGCUGGCCCUACGGCGGCGGGCAGUGACGCCCGGACAGAGGGACAUGCCGGGGGAUGGGAACGGCACGACUCCGCAUUCCCACUGUCGUGAAACCAAAAACCGACCGACCCACCAAGACUACACUCGGAUUGUCCUGGAGCCCCGGCCCCGGUGUGGACCCCACGGACCCCAGAACCCCACAGGGAUUGAGGGGUGCACGGCCGGGGAGCGGGGGACCCUGGGCCUCCGGGGACGUGACCCAAUAAAGGCGUUUCCUAUCUCA